AUGUUGGCGUCCUAUCGGAAUCUGGUCAGUGUUUAUGACUCAAAACAUAGAAGAGGGCCAAUAGCCAAACAGGUGAAAAUGGGCACAAGAAAUGUCAAGCUCAACAUUUUUCUCCUCUUCAUCUUCUUCUUCUUCUUGUCUUCUUCCUACACUGUUUAUUCAUUGGCGCAAACAAAUGCACAAAUUAGAAAGAAUUCAUUAAUACCUAAAGAAAAUCCAUUUACAGUAAAAGCUUCACUUGUUCGAUAUUGGAACAAACAAAUUUCCAAUAAACUCCCUAAACCGGAUUUCCUUUUUUCAAAAGCCUCACCGCUCUCCGCCGCGGACGCCGCCUUCUUCACAAAUCUCGCAACCCAAAAGUCACUCUCCGGCCACAUUUCCACCUUCUGCUCCUCAGCGAAAUUGUUCUGUUUUUCUGAAUCCAACCCAUACCUUGACAAUACCCCUAGUAAGGAUGCAGAUUUUGCCGUCUACAACAACAAGAAAUUCGCAACCUAUGGAUCUGGACGGCUCGGCGGAGGAGACGGUUUCAAAAAUUAUUCCGACGGUAUAAACUUCGCUACCGGAGAAUUCACUAAAUACAGCCGGAGCUCCACUGGCCAUCAUGAGGAAUUCACGAGUUACGCCGCGGAUGGAAAUGUAGCUACUGGAAAUUUUACAUCCUACGCCGCGGGAGCUACCGGCGGCGGAGGAACUUUCCAGAGCUACAUGCCACGUGUCAAUGUACCGGAUCUUCGAUUCGCUUCUUACGAUUCCGAUGGUAAUAAUCAUAAACUUUCGUUUAAUAGCUACGUAAGUGAUACGAAUUCCGGAAGGGAAUUUUUUAUAAGUUAUGCGAAAAACGGAAAUGGUGUUCCAGCUGAAUUUACUACUUAUGGUGAUACAUCAAAUGUUAUUGGAUCAUCGUUCAAUGGCUAUGGCGAAUCGGGUAAUGCUGCAAACGAUUCGUUUAAGGCUUACUCAUCAAAUUCUAACAACCCGAAUAAUAAUUUCAAGAAUUAUGGUUCGGGCGGCAAUAGUGGGAUUGAUAGUUUCGAAAGUUAUAGGGAUGCAGCAAAUGCAGGUAGUGACACAUUUACGUCUUAUGCAAGGGGUUCGAAUACAGGCAAGGUGAAUUUUUUGAAUUACGGAAAAUCAUUUAACGAAGGAAAGGAUAUUUUCAAAGGAUAUGGUAGUCAAGGAGCUAAAUUUCCUUCCGUUGGGUUUAAGGUUUAUGGCGUAAACAAUUCAUUCAAAGAGUACUCUCCAAAGGGUGUCAAUUUUGCUGGUUACACAAAAAAAACCGGUUCAUUGAAGACCAGUGGCAAAACUGUGAAUAAAUGGGUAGAAGAGGGUAAAUUUUUUCGAGAAUCCAUGUUGAAAGAAGGGACCGUGAUGAAAAUGCCUGACAUUCGUGACAAAAUGCCCGGAAGGUCAUUUUUGCCCCGGACAAUUUCGUCUAAAUUACCGUUUUCUACCAAGGAGUUGACCGAGGUCAAGUCGAUUUUCCACGCACAGGAGAACUCCACCAUGGAGCAUGUGAUCGGGAACACGCUCGCAGAGUGCGAGCGUGCUCCUAGCCCAGGCGAGACAAAGCGAUGUGUGGCGUCCAUUGAGGACAUGAUCGACUUUGCGGUCUCGGUUUUAAGCCACAAUGUGGUGGUGAGGACAACCGAUAACGUAGCCGGAUCAACGGGAGAAGUCAUGAUCGGAAAGGUCAAGGGAAUCAACGGCGGAAGAGUGACGAAAUCAGUGUCAUGCCAUCAAAGUCUGUACCCUUACCUACUGUAUUACUGCCACUCAGUUCCAAAAGUGAGGGUCUACCAAGCAGACAUUCUUAACGUGGACACAAAGGCUAAGAUAAAUCAUGGUGUUGCCAUUUGUCAUGUCGACACGUCAUCAUGGAGUCCAGGUCACGGUGCUUUCAUGGCAUUAGGGUCGGGUCCGGGUCUUAUUGAAGUUUGCCAUUGGAUAUUUGAGAAUGAUAUGACUUGGGCCAUGGCUGACUAGGCAAUUGAUUGCAAUGACGUGGCUAUUUACUAAUCCAGUAUUUAUUUUAUUGUAAUUUUAGUUUAUAUGUUGCCACAACUCUAAAAUAUAUUUUGUUGUCCCCACUAUUUGUCGACAAGGUUUCGUAUUGAAGGCAUUUAAUGAUUGGAUUUUCUCGUAUUAUAUAAUGAGUGA